AUGACUUCAAAAUUCAGCCUCGGGUCUCGUGGAGAGGCCGACCUCGAGAAGGCCCCUCAGGUCGAGAAUAACUACGACACCAACAGCAACGAAACCCGCGAUAACUUGAGCGUCAAUGCCGUCCCCGGCGAGACCUUCGUGUACGGCAACUCGACUUACGCUAAGCUCCAGCGAUUUGCGGGCAAAUUCAACGUGGAGCAGCGUGGUAUUGAGCGCGUGCCGGAGGAUGAGCGGACUGAUACUUCAUACGUGAAUAUUGGCAGCAUGUGGUUGGCUGCGAACAUGGUCUCUAGUUCUUUCGCCAUUGGUGUGCUGGGACCCCAGACCUUCGGGCUCUCGUUUGUCGACGCCAUUCUCAUUUGCUUGUUCUUCAACUUGCUGGGUGUGAUGAGUGUGUGCUUCUUCUCCUGCUUCGGGCCCCCAUUCGGACUGCGCCAAAUGGUGCUUUCGCGCUUCUGGUUCGGAUGGUACGCGGUGAAGUUCAUUGCCAUUUUGAACGUCAUUGCUUGUGUCGGUUGGUCUGCUGCCAACGCCAUCGUGGGUGCACAGCUUCUCAACGCUGUCAGCAGCGACGUCCCUGGAUACGCCGGCAUCUUGAUUAUCACCUUCUGCACCCUUUUCAUCACCUUUGCUGGAUACAAGGUGGUUCACAUUUAUGAGAAAUUCAGUUGGAUCCCAACUUGUAUUGUGUUCAUCAUUGUUCUGGGAACAUUCGCCCACUCUGGCGAUUUCAUCAAUGUCCCCAUGAACCCCGACUCCUUUUUCAGCAAGGCUGGUGGCUGCCUUUCCUUCGGCUCGACUGUCUACGGUUUCGCAACCGGCUGGACUAGCUACGCGGCCGACUACACCGUUUAUCAACCCGCCGAUCGCAGCCGUCGCAAGGUCUUCCUGUCCACCUGGCUCGGUCUCAUUGUCCCAUUGCUCUUCACCGAGUUCCUUGGUAUCGCCGUCUAUACCGCCACUGCCUUGAACGACGGACACAACAAGUACAUGGACGGCUACCUUGCGUCCGGUAACGGUGGUCUGCUCGGCGCCGCCCUUUCCCCUCUCGGCGGAUUUGGAAAGUUUUGUUUGGUUAUCCUGGCUCUGUCCAUCGUCGCAAACAACUGCCCCAACAUCUACUCCGUCUCCCUCACCCUCCAGGUGCUGAGCCGCUACACGCAGCGUGUUCCCCGUUUCGUUUGGACCUUCUGCGCCUCCUGUGUCUCUCUCGCCAUCGCCAUUCCCGGUUACUCCCAUUUCGAGACCGUCCUGACCAACUUCAUGGACUUCAUUGCUUAUUGGCUGGCUAUCUACACCGGGAUCGCUCUGGCGGACCACAUCAUCUUCAAGCGCGGCUUCUCGGGCUAUCGCAUUGAAAUCUACGAUAAGCGUGAGAAGCUUCCUUGUGGCAUUGCUGCCUCCAUUGCCUUUGCCUUCGGUGUUGCCGGUAUGGUCACUGGAAUGAGUCAACCCUGGUAUACCGGUCCUAUUGCCGACCUCGCACAAGGUAGCGAUAUAGGCUUCGAACUUGGUUUUGCUUUCGCCUUUGUCAUGUAUUGCGCAUUGCGACCGAUUGAGCUUCAUUACUUGCGUCGUUAA